GCUCCACUCCACACAAAACAAACCCAUCUUUUCUUUUUCCCUUUUCCCUUCCCCACAUCCAAUUAAAAAUAAAUAAAAGAACCCCAUCUUUUCCUUCAUUAAUAUAUAAAUACCGUGUUGCCUCUGCUCCACGCUCAUAAAACCUCAACUGCAUCUCUCUCUUUCUAAAGCAAAAUGGGGAAUUGCGUUGCUCCUAGUAAACCCAGUAAAGGACUCUGCAUCACAGAUGUUGCAGCAAAGCGUGAGAGUUUUACAGGUUGUGAAGAUGGAUGGAAAGGUUUUGGAGUUCAGCACGCCAACCACUGUUAAGGAUAUCUUGGUGAACUUCUCCGGCACAGGAAUUGGUUUAUCCAAGGAAGCUUCGGAGCAUCUCCCACCCAACUAUGAAUUGAAGAUGGGAAAAGUCUACUACAUGCUUCCUGCAGAUAUUUCAUCCACACCUCAUGACGACGUCGAUAUUGGUGUAAAGAGGAUUAAGAUUGUUAUAACGAAACAACAGCUGCAAGAUUUAUUGACAAAGCAGAUAUCAGUUGAAGAUGUACUGUUGGGGCUCGAGAAACAAACGUGUGAUUCCCUUGAUUCCCCGAAAAAUUGGAAGCCGAAGCUUGAAUCCAUCCCCGAAGGAAGCGAGUAAAGUUUUCAGUAGUUAUUAGAUAUGUAUACAGUAGUAGCAUUUUGUCUCAUGACCAUGUUCUUCCUUCACUGAAAUAUAAACAUGGAAACAUGCAGAAAAAAACAAUGAAUGGUUUUUGUCAUAUAAGAUACAAGGAAGUACUCACAGUAGUUGUUCUUAUCGAUCCACUUCUUGCUCAACAUGUUUGUUUGUGUUAAAUCUUGUAUAAAAAAUAGGGGCUGGUUUGUUUU